AUGAUAAGCAAGAGAUCAGGGAAGACGCGCAAAGAGAUCCCCUCGAUGACGACUAUGAUAACGGGCAAGGACUACCUGUGUAAUGAGGAUAUUCCAGGUGAUGAUGAUGACGAGGCAGAGUCUACUCCGUACCAAGCACCAGAAAAGCAGCCAAAGCCCGGCACAUUCGAUCCGACCCAGCGUUCGCCAAAGAAUGGCUGGAAACGACACUGCCAGGCGCAGCAUCCAGCGACAUCUUCACCGACAGAGUCAAAACAAUCAUCUCUAUCAUUGAUAACGUCCAAUUUGAAACAUCUCAAGAGAAGAUCCUUGUUGUUUCUUGCUCAGUUAUGUUCCGACGUCAUCAAUGAGACCAUAACACGAAGGCGCAGUACAAACGAAGAAUUCAACUGCCGUGCUGAACGUUAUGAUGGCACUGCCGCUGCAGACGAGAGACGACACAUUGUGCAGAACUUCAACAGGACUAGUUAUGGCCCAACAGUCCUCCUACUCAGUGCCCACACUGGUGGGACAGGUCUUAAUCUGACUGGUCCUUCUCGUGUUAUCUUGUGCGAGCCAUAG